AUGAAUGAAUAAACAUGAUAUAUACUUGACGAAAAUUGAAUAAUGUAAUAUAAGAGACCCUUUUUCUUUCUGUAAAGUUGAUAAUAAAGACAAACUGGCGUUUCUGAUUGUAUUAAUUGAUAACAAAAAACAAAAACAAAAUACCUUUGUAAGUUACUAAAAUAUCUAUUAAUUAUUCUUAUUUUUUCGUUGGGUUGCUACUUGAUUUUGGCACUAACUAAUAUGACGAUGAUGGAAAUAAAGUCAUUCUUUUUCGAAAUUCUUGAUGUACUGCAAUUAUUUCAAAAACAAAUUUUCACUUUAAUUUAAUUCAAGUCUAAUUUUUCUCCUUUUUACUAUUGAGAACAAAACUCGAUAUACCCAAAUGGAACAAUUUUAAAAAUUUGCAAGUUUCGCGCGUGCCCUUCGGCAGCGUCACGUGAUCACUGAGUGCCUGCAAGUUCUGCGAAAGCAAAAGCACCCGUGCAGGAACGAAUACGCUCCUUGUGAAUAACGAGAGCCGCAAGCGCAAUCGCUCAAGCUCUAAUCAGUUAUAUAGUGCUUUUAAGUUUGUUUCUCUUCCCGGAUGUACUGCCUAUCAAACUUACUUACCUCCGUCGACAUUGUGUUCUUUUUUAGUUGAAAAUUCAAACGGUCGUUGAAUCACAACGUUCCAUGGGCUACUCGAAUCUUUCGUGAAAAUUUAACAGUAAACCGUUGUGGCGGGUUAGGCGUGUGCGCGCUUGAUUAGCGAGCGCCACAGGAUGUCUACCCGAUCGAUGCCGGCUGUCCAUUGUUGCUACUGUCGCUGAUUCGCAAAAAAACGGUUGAAUGCUGCUUUCGUUUCCGUUGGACACAGAAUUCCAAGAGAAGAGAUGAAUUUGAAUCAUCGAAGAAAGCAGACUAACUUAAAGUCUGAUUACUGUUCUUCCUGCAAUUUGAGAUAUGGGCAAUUAAUUAUUGUGAAGUAUGAAAACAGUAUUUUGUGCCAACAGUGGUGAAAUAGAUUGACCAGCAGCAACGAAUAGUAAAGAUGGUUCGUUUAAAACCAGUGAGAAUCUUAAUACUUCUUCUUCUUGUAGCCAAAUGCAUGUUUUGGUACAAAGUUAUAUUUUCAAGCGAAUCAUUAAAAUUAUCAAAAGGCAAUAACAGUGUAACUGAAGUGCCCCAAAAACUUCAUAGACGAUUGGCUCAUCUGGUUACAAUUGUUAUCAGACAGUUUGAAAGUUUUGAAAAUGAUAUUACGAAUACAGUCAAAACAAUAUUGAAUUCGUAUCCAACUAUGAAUAUUAUAAUCGUAUCAAAUGACUUUUUGUAUCCACCUUUGGAAUUGGAUUUUACAAAUCAUACUUUGAAGAAUGUCAAACUUGUUUACUUACAACCCAGUUUCGGUCGAACUGUCAAAGAAAGAAAUCCUGUCAGUUUUAUAACUACAAAAUAUAUUGCAUUUCUGCCUGAUGCUACUAGACUAAUUACCAAGCAGACACUUCAGGAAGCUAUUGAAAGUGCAUCAAAAUUAGGAAUUGUUUCUGUGCCAGUGGGCAAAAAUUCUUUGGGUUGUCUCAAUGCAAAAUUAAGGAUAAAACAAUGGAGUUUAAAAGUUUCAAAAGCAAGUGGAACAGAGUGCGAUAUAGUAUCUGGAAAACAUGUUACAAUCAUAGAUGUAGAUAUUAUUAAUAAAUUGACGGAUCCUUUUAUGCUGCCAUGUCCAAAUGCUUUAUACAUACAAACAACUGCAUUGGGAAUGAAGGUUCAUAUCUUGAAAAAUCUGCAUUUCUUGGAAAGUAAGCAAUUGUAUAGAAGCCAACAAGCUCAAACACAACUCCAAACACUUCAUAGAACUCGUGAAGCAGAAGCACUUAAAAAACUUGGUAUAAAGCAAGUAACACAUGUUUCUGGUAAUACAGAGUGGUAUGGAUGUACAAGAGAUACACCAAAUUGCUUUGGCCCUGUAGUAAAUGACAUUCCAUCUUACUUAUUACAAAAUCGUUAUACCCCUCCGUGUUGCCUUGCUGGGCUUAGAAAAGUAGCUCUACAUGUUUUCAAUAAACUUGAUGAAGUUGGAGUGCGAUAUUGGCUAGAAGCAGAAUCUUUGUUAGGAGCUAUGCACAGUGGUGAUAUUCUUCCUUGGGAUCAUAAAGUUGUAAUUGGUAUCAAUAAGGAUGAUCUAAACAGAUCACCCUGGAUAGUAAAGGCAAGAAGUAAGGCAGUUGUCGAUAAUAAAGGUUUUGUGUGGGAAAAAGCUACAGAAGGAGAAUUUUUCAAGGUUCAGUAUUCCAAAGUCAACAGAUUACAUGUAAAUAUAUUGCCAUUUUAUUCCAAAAAUGGCACUAUGACACGGGAUGCAUGGUUUCUGAAAGUUCGGGAUUUUUCAGAACACUUUUUACAUCCAAUGUCGAGUAUUGAUUUUAUUGGAAGACAAGUGCCCAGUCCGAAUAAUAUAAGAGAUUUUUUGGAAUUGAAAUUUUAUAGAGGUGUAAUAGAAAACCCAGAGUUGUCUGUUAAAAGAUUUUAAAUGUUAUUGUUUUGA